AGCCAACAUGAAUCUACACUGGUCCCACAUCAGUAUAUAGGCUCAUGUAGAAUAGUACAGAAUAGAAUAGAAAUAGAACAGAAUAUGUUUGCAUUGCUCACGUGCCUAAACUCUGCACAAUAGUUUAAUGAUCUCUCCCUAAGACAACUGUAAUAAUAAUAAUAACAGUACGACACACUCUGUCAUUUCCUGCCACUGAGAGGAACCUGCCAGAUGAGGAAGGGAGGAAAGGUUCUACAGUAACUGCAGACACAGAAGCCUACCACUGCCAGCAUGUCCGGAGAGGUCUCCUCCAGUGCCCCCAGCCCAUCCAGUCCUACCUCAGUCUGCAACGUUGAGAUAGACCUCGCCUUCUUCAAAUCCUACCGGGGGUGCCUCAAGCUGGCUGAGUUGGUGAUGGCGUUUGUGGCGUUUGUGUGCUUUGCGGUGGCCUCUCGACCAGUCUACAUGGCUGCCCUGGCGAUGGAGCUGCUGGUCACUCUGGCUCUGUUGCUUCUCUACCUGCUGAAGCUCCACAGGAAGUUCACCCUGUUCUUCUGGCCCCUCGUGGACGUGUUCAACUCGGUGGUUGCAGCAUGCAUCGUGCUGGUGCUCAGUUUGAUGGCAGUGUCCAACUACAUCGUCAGAAGCACACUGGCUGGAGGGAUUGUGGGUCUCCUGUUAGCUGGGCUGUGGAGUGCCGACAUCUUCUUGCUCAGCAAGAAGAUAACAUUCAACCAAGCAAGAUCACAAACCAAAUAAAGCUGUGCAGUGCAGACAACUCAGACCCCUUGGUUAUUUUCUCUUCCUCUCCCUCCGUCGCUCCCUCCCUCCCUUUCAUUCCCUCCCCUCCUCCCAUAAUUUCCUUUUGACAUGUGAUACUGGAACGGGAGUACUAUGAAUUUUGAGAGUAUUAGAGUUAAUGGAUCACAAACUUACCACUGAUCAGAUGGAUUUGUGUUUAAAUGUUGUAAACCACUGCCAAUAAAAAAUACAUUUGAAACUGCG